UGUUCUUUUUAGAAAUGUCUCAGCCAAUGUGUAUGCACAAUUCAUAAACAUCCCAGGGUUUUACAAACUGAUAAGUAUGGUUUCAUUGUAAAGGACAGCUCAACUAAUCAGAACGGUAUGUUAAAAGCACAGCCAGUGAUGGAGCGCUGGCCAUCGUUGUUUAUUUACUUCAACGCAGAAUCACACAGUGGCUCCAAGGCGCCAACUAGUGGCGAGUAUAAGGAAAGGCAAAGGGAGUUUACAUACCAAAAUGUACACUUUCAAAUCACUUUGUGAUGUACCCCCUGUGAACACUGUUUUAAUUAAAGUACCCCCUAAUCAGAGCAAAGCAUUUUUGGUUGAAAAAAAGAGAUAAAGAAGUAAAAUACAGCACUAUGUCAUCAGUUUCUGAUUUAUUAAAUUGUAUAACAAUGCAAAAUAGGCUUCACGGUGGCAGAGGGGUUAGUGCGUCUGCCUCACAAUACGAAGUUCCUGCAGUCCUGGGUUCAAAUCCAGGCUCGGGUUCUUUCUGUGUGGAGUUUGCAUGUUCUCCCCGUGACUGCGUGGGUUCCCUCCGGGUACUCCGGCUUCAUCCCACUUCCAAAGACAUGCACCUGGGGAUAGGUUGAUUGGCAACACUAAAUUGGCCCUAGUGUGUGAAUGUGAGUGUGAAUGUUGUCUGUCUAUCUGUGUUGGCCCUGCGAUGAGGUGGCGACUUGUCCAGGGUGUACCCCGCCUUCCGCCCGAUUGUAGCUGAGGUAGGCGCCAGCGCCCCCCGCGACCCCAAAAAGGGAAUAAGCGGUAGAAAAUGGAUGGGAUAGAACAGUGCAAAAUAUUGCUCACUUGUAGUGGUCUUUCUUGAACUAUUUGGAAAAAAAGAUAAAUAACAAAAAAAUAAUAAAAAUAACAAAAAACUUGUUGAAAAAUAAACAAGUGGUUGAAUUAUAAAUAAAGAUUUCUACACAUAGAAGUAAUCAUCAACUUAAAGUGCCCUCUUUGGGGAUUGUAAUAGAGAUCCAUCUGGAUUCAUGAACUUAAUUCUAAACAUUUCUUCACAAAAAAAGAAAUAUUUAACAUCAAUAUUUAUGGAACAUGUCCACAAAAAAAAUCCAGCUGUCAACACUGAAUAUUGAAUUGUUGCAUUUCUUUUCACAGUUUAUGAACUUACAUUCAUAUUUUGUUGAAGUAUUAUUCAAUAAAUAUAUUUGUAAAGGAUUUUUUAAUUGCUACUAUUUUUAGAAUAUUUUUUAAAAAACCUACACGUACCCCUUGGCAUACCUUCAAGUACCCCCAGGGGUACUCGUACCCCCAUUUCAGAACCACUGGUGUAGACUUUACUGAACCAUCUGGCAUGCUCCAGACAUACUUACACAACUAGGGAUGUCCAUGAAGGACAUCCACUAUAUCUCCCCUUCUCCAAUGUACAACAAUGAAUGAACAAUCUUUGCUAUGUAUUUAUGAAUAACCAUCACCAUUUCUAAUGAAUCAACCUAACACCCCAUAAAGGCAUUAAGUAUGAGAAUUGCAUGACAAACUCCUGACCAUCCUCAUUUCUCCCUGAGAAAGAAAAAAACCAAACAACCACAACAGUGUUGCAAACUUACAAUCUUUCAAACUAAAUGCUUUGCAUUUAGUAAUUGCCUUUUAGGCUUCAAGAUUACACAAGGUGCGUUUUUUUAUGCCCUGUUUUUUCACAACACAUAGUCUUUAAGCCACCCGGGGGGGGUUACCUGCCGUCUUGGAGCAUCUUUUGCUCUCGGUGACUGGGUUACCUGCUCUCUGAUUGUUGUACCUGGUGUUGCUUCCUUCUCUGUUAUGUGUUCCUUUUAUGGGUUUGGAGGCUCUUGUGGAGCCGACUGUGGCUGGAGCUGGAGCUCAGGGAGAACCUGAAGGUGAGCCCUGUUUCUCUUCACCUCCUCUGCUCCAGUGUCAACCACAUAUACAGGAGCGUGGCGUGCCGGCCUUCCUGAUCACUGUAGCUGUUUGUUUUGAGGGAGAUAGCCAUACUAGUAAGGUCAUCUUAUGGGAUAUUUGGCCAAUCUGUGAACUAAAUCAUUACCAAGAAAUCUCUUCACCAAUCUGUUUAUAAAGGUGUUUAGUAACAUGUCCUAAAAAGUUGAAAUUCAACUCCUGGGGGAAAGUUUGUAAAAAACUGCACAAAGUCGGGUACCAUUAACCGAUUUUCAGAAAUUCGAAAAUGCUUAAUUUGGCCUUAAGUAACUUGUGAGGGGUCAAACUAGGGGUUCUUCAAUAUUCUGAGUUCAUUGCAAGUAUUUAUUCUUCACCAAGACCACUCCUUGGUGGAAAAAUGGCCACACCUAAGGAGGUGUGGCCAUUCCCAGAUCAUCGUUCAUCCCGACAAUGCCCCCUACUCAUACAUACCAUGCAGGGUAUAUAUAAAAAAUAAUAAUAAUAAUAAAAUUAAAAAAAGAUAAUAGUUUUUUCUUAAAUGUUUGACAUUAUGAAUGGGCCAAGUCAGUGUUUAGUGAUGGUUGCUGUAGUUGAUUGGCAUUUCAAUGUGAGGACAUUAUGAGUUUAACAUUAGCACCAAACAUGCUGGAUCCAUUUGCAUCCCUUUUCUUUGUUGAACAUGGGUGGACACAAUAUAGUGAUUUUAAUGUCAGCUACGUAAAUAUUAUUGAAUUUUUUUUUUUUAUCAAUUUGAAAUGUUUCACUUCACUGCAUUGAUUAUAAGGUUAGAACUAAAUGUUGUCAUUACUAGUAUUGAAAAUUCCCUAAAACAAUUCUGUUUUAAUCUGCUUUUUUCUAAGAAAGAGUGUCCCUUUGAUUUCUAAACUGAUGUGUUUCUGAGGGCACAGUAGUUGAUUGCUCAUUUUGUUGCACCUGCAGUUAAAUUGAUUAGUGAUUUUUUUGCACCUGUACUACGAAAGUGUUUGUCACUGUCAUUUCAUUCAGUUGUUGUGCUUCUUUAUGUAAUUUGUUUGAAUUUUAGAUAUAUUUAGGCUACUAAGAAUUUGUUGGAAUGAGGACUUUUAUGGAGAUGGUAACUGAUGGGAAGAUGGGAGCCAGUCACACAUAUCCAGUGGUGGUACUGUUUGAGCAGAGAUUUCAAGAAACCUUCAAAAGACUCGCCAAAGGGGGACGAACACCUGCACGCUGGGUGCAGUACCACCACACGGUUAAUGCUAUUAAGAUGUUCAUCCGAACUGAGCGGCUUGCAGACCACGAUGGGCACCUGUCCUGCAUUGCUACCUGGAUGCUGGACAUAUUUGCAGCUGCAGGCCAUCAUCAGUAUGCCAAAGGUGCACGAAUGUACUGUCAACUGAUGAAGGAACUGGAAACUUUGCCUCGUUACAAAAAGGCCAUCGAACAUUUCACUGUCCAUGGGAACCAUGUUGUCUGGUAUUCCAGCCACGAUUGGUCUGGCACCUGGUGUGCCAUCUGCAUUGAGCAGACGUUAAUGAAGGCGGCCAAAUCAGAAGGUGGACUGAGCAGAGGGAGGAUGGGAAGCAGUGAUGCUGGCCACAAGUGCUGGGUGCUCACCCUCAGCCACUUCUCUAAUAUCAACAAGCAUAUGGAGGAAGGUGUAAACCAACAUGCUCCACUCCACCGAGACCUUGGGAAAACCCAGAUGAAGCGUGAUGCAGAGGCAGUUAAACUUGCCCUCCAGUGGUUCGAGGAGAACAACCCGUUCGAAACUUGGAAGGAGAUUGCCAACAGUGACCUAAGCUACCUGCAGCAUCUUGGCCGUAACUGUCAAAAGGUCAUUGUGGUCUUUGAUGGCUAUAACAGAUCACCAAAAGAUCAUGACCACAUUCGACAAACCAAGAAGGCAUGCUGUGAUCUCCAGAUUCGAGGGGAUCUGAUACACUGGACACCAAGAGAAAAGUUCUUGGACAACAGCCAUAAUAAGAGUGAGCUCAUUCACCUCCUCUCUUCAACAUUCCGGAAGCUUAGCAUCACCGUGGUGCGGAGUGACAAUGAUGCUGACACUUUCAUUGUGGGAGAGGUAUUGGCUGCUGCUAAAGAUGGCUCUGUUGAGGUCCGGGCAGAAGAUGCAGAUAUGCUGGUAAUGUUGGCACACCAUAGCUCAAGCACCAAACACCCACUCUUCUUCACGACAUUGAAGGGCUCUUAUGAUGUCAGGAGGAUUCGAGAAGCACUCUCUGAAAAACAGAGACGCUACCUGGUCUUUUGUCACGUCUUCACUGGGUGUGAUACAGUCUCUGCUAUCGCUGGCCAUGGGAAAACCACUCUGUUUGACAGGUUUUGUGCAGGGGACAUAGAUGAACAUAUGGACAUCUUCCUGGACAUACGCGCUACCAAGGAUGCAGUGAUUCAGGCUGGUACUGCGAUCUUCCACAACAUCUACCAUGGACCAGGUAGUACUCUGGGUGAAGUUCGAAACAACAUCUUCUCACGUAAGGCAGCGGCUGGGCUGAUCAAACCGGAGACGCUACCUCCAACAGAGGGUGCAGCAGCACAGCAUUCACUCCGUGCCUACCAAAAGACUCGGGACUGGCUCCUUCUACAGAGCAUGUCUCUGGACCCCAGUAAGUAUGGAUGGACAAUAGGUGUUCAUGGUUAUGAGCCAGUUCCAACUCUAGACCCCAUGGCUCCUGAAGAGCUACUCCAGUUCACAAGCUGGAAUUGCCAUGGAGAUUGCAGCAGCCGGCGAUGCAGCAACAAAAAGAAUAGCAUCAAGUGCAUCUCAGCUUGUGGAGUCUAUCAAGGCAUUACCUGCAAGAAUGCUAUUCAUGAUGACGGCAUUUUAUGAUGAAUACUCAGAGGCAGACAUUGACUCAUAAAGCAUUCCACAAGGGAGAUCACUGUUUGCUCUGACUAAUGUGAAACAAAUUGUAAU